UCUGUCGGGUGAUUUUUGAAUUGUAAAUAUAACCUACGUGUUUAAAAUUUACUGUUAUACUAAAUUAUUCCCUUUAUAUCAGAAAAUUUUAUUUUUAAGAUUAACAAUAAUCUUUAUACAAGCAUCUUGCACAUUCUAUAUAUAUGGGAAGGACUAAACGAAAACGUUUAAAGAAAUAUGAACAAAAUUCUAUAAAUUUAUGUUAUGAAGAACAUUUGGUGAGUUUGCAGAAAUGGAUGUCGAAUAAAGGAUGGAAAAAUCACAAGAAACUGUCUCUAAAACUAUUUCCAGAAACAGGAAGAGGAAUUAGUUCAAAAAUAACAGUGGGUGCAAAUGAAGUUUUACUUUCAAUACCCAUGAACAUUAUGAUUACUUACACUACUGUGAAGUUAGACAUACCUGUUAAAAACAUAUUCACGAUUCACGAAAGUCUUGCCUUAUUUUUAAUAAAAGAAAAAGAAAAAGGAAUUAAUUCGUACUGGAGAGAUUAUAUUAACAGCUUACCGGAAAAACUUCCUCCCUUAACAUGGCUGGCUAAUGAAGAGGAAAUUGAGUCAUUUCCAUCAGAUAUAAAGUUGAACGUUGAAUAUACAACCACAAAUUUCAAAAACUUUCUCAAUAAAAUUAGAGAUUUUAUACCAAAUAACUCCACUUUGGCUGACAGUUUGUUAAAAUGGGCUUAUGUAAUGGUUAAUACCAGAGCAGUAUAUGUUGAUCCACACAUAAUUUGUGAAGAGUCCUCUCUAAAUUUGUUAAAGGAUGAACCUUCUAUGGCACUAUGUCCCUUUUUAGAUAUGUUUAACCAUAAUUAUUUAUCCAAUACAGAAGUUAGUAUUAUCAAUGAGGGGAGAUGUUUAUUUUAUGAAUUGAGGACCUUAAGUUCAUGUAAAAAAUAUGAACAAAUUUUUAUUUCAUAUGGGAAUCAUGAUAAUGUUAAACUGCUAACAGAAUAUGGAUUUUUCUUACCUGACAAUUGCUAUGAUAAUAUAAAAUUCACACUUGAUGAAGUCUUAAAAAUAUUAAAGUUUAAUCUGGAUAAUAACAAAUAUAAGUUUAUUAAAGAACAUGAUUUACAUAACAAUUUAUAUAUUGGGUAUGAUGGUGUUUCUUACAACCUUAAAGCUGUGCUUUUUAUAGGAUGGUGUGGGGUAAUAAAUCGUUUAGAUUCUAUUAUAUUCAGUAGUAACUAUCCUAGUUUAUUUUUGGAAAAAAAAUUACCAGAUUUAAUCAAGGGGCUAUUAGUAAUUAAGAAAAAUGAGUUUACUAAUGAUUUAAGACAAAUUAUGAGUGGAAGAAUAGUUACUGAGAGUGCUCAAAUGGUUUUGGAAUUUGUCAAAUUUAGGAUUGAUUUUAUUAGUGAAGUUAUUUUGGAAUAUAGGUGACAUUUAUGUAUAUUCUUUUUGAAUUUUUUUCAAAAUCUUCGUUUUUACGGCGGGUUUAUGAAAAAAAAUAUGGGAAAUACCUCACCUGGAGAUUUCCUAUGGUUUUAUGACUUUAAAUGUUGUCAUAAACGCUCUAUAAAAUCGAAUAUUCAUCCGAUUUCGAUGAAUUUUCUUAAAAAUCUUCAUUUUUACGGCGAAUUUAUGCGAAAAAAAAUUAGGAAAUACCUCACUUAAAGAUUUUACAUGGUUUUAUGACUUUAAAUGUGGUAAUAAAUGGCUUCGUGAUAUAAUCAUAACUUUUUUACGAAGCAUCAAACGAAGUUCAUAAGUUUUUUUUGUUAAUCUACAAAAAAAAUGAAUAUUUUGAAAACUAAAAAUGAUAUAGUAGUGUUUAUUAAUUUUUUACAAAAUCAAUUUAAUAUGGUACAUAAAAUUUAUGUACAUAGUCAAAUUAUACUUGUUUCUUUGGUCUACACAAAAAAAUGAAUGUUUACAAAAAAAAUGAUGUACAACUGAUGAUAUAAGUUUUCAUUUUCUUAUUCCUAUAAUUUUUUUUCGUAAAUCCGCCGUAAAAACGAACAUUAAAAAAAUUCAUCGAAAUGAUGAUUUUUCGAUUUCCUAGAGCCAAAAAACGAGGGGACGGCGAAAGUAUAAAAUUACCAAAAUUAUUAUUAUUAACUGUCAAAUUUCUUUGUCCUAAUGUUUCAAAAUGACACUUGUAAUGUUUUUAUCAAAACAAUUUCUUGGACAAGGAAAAAACUCACCCAAAACAUUGGUGUGUCCAUAGCAUACACUCAGACUUUUUCAAAAUCUCAUUAUGGUCUGCGCUUAAAUUUAACCACUCCUCAUCUAGCUCCUUUAGAUUUUUAUGGUUUAAAUCUUUGCACUUCAGCCUAUUAACACAUGGAGGAUCCCAGCACUAUAUUAGUUACAAAUACAUACCUCUGAUGGGAAGAAAAAUGUUGUGUCGUUGCAAUAAAACAAAACAUUUAUCAGCUAUUUUAUAAAGAAACAUAUCCUAACUUAUAUUAUGAAAAAAUAAUCAUAUUUUUUUUUUAAAAAUGUCAUAUCUUUCGCGGUUUACCGGGGCAAGUAUCACAAUAUACCGAAAUUUCGCGUCUUAUCCUUUUUUCAGUAUAUUAGAACACACAAGAUAAUCUCUUUUCUUGCCAUUCCGCAAUAUGUGCAGUCUUUUGUACAGCCUUAUUUCAUGUCUUCAUCGAUCUUCGCGGAACUCAUCUAUGAGUUUAUUGACUAAUCUCUUGACAAACUUCAAAUGGGACACUGAUGUUUCGUGUUUAUUUUUAUUUACACAUUUAUAUCAAAUGUAUGUAUGCAGACAUCAGAAACAGUAUGGUGAUGCGUAUUGAUCCGCGCGAUCGCCCUCGACGCCUAGCCACUGUGUUUGUUAACGGCAUUCCAAAGAUCUCAAGAAUCCGAAGGAUCUAGAAAGCAUUUUGAUAUAUAAAGCGUCAUACUACGGAUAGUGACAAGUGAACUAAGAAGUGUAUUUGAAUAAAUUAGAUGUUAAGUUUGUACAUAAAUAUUAGUGAGU